GUAGUAAUUGCAAGUAUAUAUCAAAUGAAUGACAGGUCCAAAUCUAAUUGUAAUCCAAAGCAAAUCACAAUUGUUUUUUAGUGUAUAUAUUCAGAUAAUAAGGAUUAAGGAAAAUACGAGAAAGAAUAAAAAGGGUUGAAUUAGAGUUCAAAGAAGAGAGAGAGAGAGAGAGAGAGAGAGGGGCAACCGACGGAGAGUGGCAGCAGCAGCGAGAGUAGUUGACAAUUCGCUCUCGCUGGAUGUAAAACACCAAACAACACACAUUUCCUUCAUUUUCACGUUUCCCCUUCUCUCUGUAUCGCCUCCAAGCUCCAAUUUUCUUCUUCACUUCAUUUCAAUUCCCCUCCUGCAAUUCAAUUCAAUUCAAUUCAUUCACCAGCUACAACUGUAAACUUUGAGCAAGAAUGGAUCCUCCCGCCUCUUGGGACUCCUUGCGCAAACAGGCGAGAAAACUCGAAACUCAGCUGGACGAACAGAUGCAUUUGUAUCGCAAGUUAGUAUCAACAAAAAUUGAUUCAUGUAACGAUAAUGAUUUGGAGUCUGGCAUCGAUCAACUCCUGAAACAGCUUCAGCAAGUAAAUGUGCAAAUGCAAGCUUGGGUUUCAUCUGGUGGAUCAGAGAUCUUUUCUCAUACAUUGACACGACAUCAGGAAAUCCUUCAGGAUCUUACUCAGGAGUUCAAGCGACUUCAUUCCAGUCAUAGAGCUAAGAAAGAGCAUGCAUCACUUCUUGAGGAUUUUAGGGAGUUUGACCGUACAAGAUUAGACCUUGAAGACGGUGGUGGUUCUUAUGAUCAAGCUCUUCUCAAGGAGCGUGCUUCUCUCCAUAGAAAUUCCAGCCAGGUGGACUCUGUGAUAUCACAAGCACAAGAAACAUUGAAGUCCCUGGUCUUCCAGCGUUCCACAUUUGGGGGCAUCAAUUCGAAGCUUAGUAAUGUGGGCAGCCGCCUUCCGACGGUGAAUCACAUUCUCUCUGCAAUAAAGAAGAAAAAGUCCAUGGACACCAUCAUACUCUCCUUAGUAGCAUCUGUGUGCACGUUUUUAAUUUUAAUUUACUGGUGGACCAAGUAGGCGAGUUUUCGCCCAUCGACUCGGAGAUGAUCUGGAGCUGGGAAAAUUGUUGUACAUACCUUCUUGGUCUGCUCUGGAUGACUGGAUCUAUUGUUUGGUUACACAUGUGAGAUGAAAUUGUAUGGGCCGCAUUUUGUUCAAGAAUCUUGAUAAGAUUUGUUACUCUGUUAAAAACUCUUCCACAUCUAAAAAUUAUACAGCAUCGCAAAA